UCAAUGUCUUUAAAUUUUCUUCUGUAUUAAGCUGACCAAAGACAAAUCCUUUUUGUAUCUGUAGCUGGAAUUUUCUUCCUUCUUACUUUACCUUCGAUUGUCACCUUCUAAUUCUGCAACAAGUUCCAAACCUUCAAAUCUCACUGCCCCAAAAAUCCUUUCUUUUUUAAAUAGCCAUUUGACUUCAGCCUCUACAGCAGAGUCCCAGAUCUCUGCAUUCCAAUUCCCAUGGCAGGUCGCUAUGACAGUAACCCCUUCGAUGAGGAAGAAGUUAACCCCUUCUAUAAUCCUGGAAGUGUUCCCGCUGCCACUAAUUCAAGGCUUUCACCUCUGAAGCCAGAACCUGUUGAUUAUAAUUAUGGCUUUGGUGCGACAGUUGAUAUACCUCUUGAUUCAUCAACGGAUUUGAAAAAGAAGGAGAAGGAACUUCAAGCCAAGGAAACUGAAUUGAGAAAAAGGGAACAGGAAGUGAGACGGAGAGAAGAAGCUGCUUCACGAGCUGGAAUUGUUCUUGAGGAGAAGAAUUGGCCGCCUUUUUUCCCAAUAAUCCAUCACGACAUUGCUAAUGAAAUUCCAAUUCAUCUUCAAAAAUUGCAAUAUGUUGCAUUUACUACACUGUUAGGAUUAGUGUUGUGCCUUUUUUGGAAUGUUAUAGCUGUUACUGCAGCUUGGAUUAAGGGUGAAGGUGUAAAAAUAUGGUUUCUUGCCAUUAUCUACUUCAUAGCAGGGGUUCCUGGAGCAUAUGUUCUGUGGUAUCGCCCAUUAUAUCGUGCUUUUAGGAAUGAAAGUGCUUUGAAAUUUGGAUGGUUUUUCAUGUUUUAUCUGCUUCACAUAGGAUUCUGCAUCUUAGCUGCAGUUGCUCCUCCUAUAGUUUUCAAAGGCAAAUCCCUGACGGGCAUUCUGGCUGCCAUAGAUGUGCUGGGCGACCAUGCUUUGAUUGGGAUCUUCUACUUCAUUGGAUUUGGAUUGUUCUGCGUUGAAACUUUGAUCAGCAUUUGGGUUAUUCAGCAAGUAUACAUGUACUUCCGCGGCAGUGGGAAGGCCGCUGAGAUGAAACGGGAGGCCGCAAGGGGAGCACUGAGGGCUGCAAUAUGAUUCAUCAGUCUUGUGGAGAAGGAAGUGUGGAUAACUUGUGUAUGGAUCAAUGUUGUAUAUUAGAAGCCACACACAGAAAUUGUGAACAAAAAUAUUUCACUGAGCAUGAUUUUUGUUUACAGCUGUUAUUUGUUUAUUUAUUUUUCUGUUUAGCAUGCUACCUAUUAAUGUGGUUUGUUAGUGUAUAUCGAAAGCUGAGAGCUUGGACAUACUAGUGGCUGGUAGAAACAUGCUAUAAUUUAUGGAAAUUAAUCCUCUAUAUAGUUAAGGUUCA